GAGCUGCACCUACCAGUAUCCCCGAUGCAGACUGCCCUCUUCCUCCUACGAGUGCUCUCGCCGACCCUAUUGUUACUGUCUGCACUCUCUAUUGUUACAACUCGCCCACCGCCACCGAAAUCGCCUUCCCCAAUCAUAUCUGUCGUCGUUGCUGCUCGCACCCCUCGGCGGGCCCUCAUCCUAUCUCUUCUUUCCCUUUCUGCUCUAACUUUCCUCCUCGAUGGCCUCACUUUUGUUGUCUACGCUGUUUUCACGAAGAUCUGGCCGAAAUGGACAGGCAUCGAAGUCGCCUCUAUCGAGGGUCUCACCGCCUUCGCAGGUCUGGCUGCCCUUGGGGCUUGGAAGGAUAUCCACGGCGUCGAGGUCUGGUUCAUGAAGCGAGUCAAGGCAGGAGUCACUUGGGCUCUUCUACUGGAUAUCGCGCAGGUUGUUUUACUCGGCCUGACUUUCAGAGAACCAUUCACCAUUCGCGCGCUCGUGCACCUUGUAUUCCCCGCCUUUCGUGUGCUCCUCGAGAUCCCGCUACUCGCUGGCCUCGCGAAUCCGCGUGUGUCGUAUCUACCGGUGCAGAAUGGCGGAGAUGAAGAAGUACCCACAUCUACCAGCCUUCUCCUUCCCGCGGACCACGGUGCCGCUCCUUCCACUGGGCUGUCGCCUCUAGCUGCCGAAGCUAGCAAAUAUGGUACAUUCGGAACCUCUCGUUCUGCUAUUCCUACUGCGUCUAGUCCGACCACUAGGGCACCGACUCCUGUUGGAUCACAUAUCCGCAUUCCACGAGGCAAGCAAAGUGGUUCCAAGGGUGCAGAGAAGGAGGAGAUCCCUCUCGAUCCUUCCUGGCGUGAGCUUCUUCGGCGCUUCCUUAACAUCGCACCAUACCUCUGGCCUUCAAAGAGCCGGCCUUUGCGGCUACUCGCGGCCGUUUGUGUUUUACUUGUUGUUAUCGGCCGAUUUGUCAAUUUCUUCGUUCCCCUCACAUUCGCCGAGAUCGUUCGCGUGUUCGAAACAGGAUCCCAGACUUCCGUCUGGCCGUACCUAUUAUUCUAUGUCGGACUUCGGUUCCUCCAAUCUUCUGGUGGGCUGUCGGCUCUGCGUGAUACAUUCUGGGCUCCGGUCAUGCAGUACUCUGAUCGCGAGAUGUCUAUGCUUUCGUUCACCCACCUGCUCAAUCUGUCUUUGUCCUUCCACACGCACCGCAAGACGGGCGAAGUGCUCCGCAUCCUCGACCGGGGUGCAGCUAUCAAUCACAUUUUCGAAUUGUUGUUGUUCAACAUCAUUCCAACAUUUGUCGAUAUCUUUGUUGCUCUCGUGUUCUUCGUUGUCUAUUUUGAAUGGACUCUAGCUGUCGUGAUUUUCUUUGUUUUCUCUGCGUAUGUUUCUGCUAGCGUCGUUCUUACACGAUGGCGUACAAAGCUGCGGAGGCAAAUGAACGAUCGCGACAUCAUCACUCGCGGGAUUCAUACUGACUGCCUGCUGAACUAUGAGACUGUGAAGUACUUCAGUGGCGAGCAGCAUGAGAGCGAACGCUACGCCGACGCCAUCAGGCAAUACCAGACCGUCGAGUUCAAAGUCUUGGUAUCUCUGAACGUCCUCAACCUGAUACAGAACUUCAUUAUUACUCUCGGUUUGCUCCUUGGUUCCAUGAUCGUUGCUCUUCGUGUCGUCCGUGGCGAGUCUGAGCCCCAUGAGUUUGUCUUCUUCAUCACAUACCUGGCGCAGUUGUACGGCCCUCUGAACAUGCUCGGAUACAUCUACCGCUCAAUCAAUCAGUCGCUAGUUGACACCGAGAAACUGCUUAAGCUGCUGAACGAGCCUACCGAUAUCAUUGACAGGCCCGACGCUGAUGACCUCAUUGUUGAGGAUGGUGAAAUUGAGUUCGACAACGUCACGUUCUCUUAUGAUGGCCGCACGACUGCUCUCAACGGCGUCUCGUUCAAGGUUCCAAAGCGUUCCACCGUCGCUCUCGUGGGUGAAUCUGGCUCCGGCAAGUCCACCAUCCUGCGCCUGCUCUACCGGUUCUAUGACCUAAAGGUCGGCGAGGGCCGCAUCCUCAUCGAUGGUAAGGACAUCCGCGACGUUACUCAGGCGAGCUUGCGCAAGUCCAUCGGUGUCGUUCCCCAGGACCCGGUGCUCUUCAAUGCCUCUGUCGGCUACAACAUCGGCUAUGGCAAAUUUGGCGCGUCGGUUGAGGAGAUCGAGUCCGCGACUAAAGCUGCGCAGAUGCACGAACGCAUCCUGAGCUUCCCUGACGGCUACGAGACCAAAGUUGGCGAACGUGGCGUCCGUUUGAGCGGUGGGGAGAAGCAACGUGUCGCCAUUGCUCGAACCCUUCUCAAAAACCCGCCUAUUCUUCUGCUUGAUGAAGCUACCAGCGCGCUUGACACGUCGACUGAGAAGGAUAUUCAGAAGGCGUUGCAGCACCUUAUGGAGGGCCGUUCAUCGCUGUCCAUCGCCCAUCGCCUUUCUACCAUCCGGUCUGCUGACUUAAUUCUAGUCCUCAAGGAGGGGCAGAUUGUCGAGCAGGGUACUUUUGGCGAGUUGCUCGGCAAGGGCGGCAUCUUUGCGUCCAUGUGGGCCGACCAGAUCUCGAACGAGGACGGAUCAUCGUCUGUCCAGGCGAAGAUGGAACCUGCGACCGGUUACGCUGUCGAAGACGCUGAACCCGCUAAGGACAAAGCUGAGGAGAUUGAGGUGCUCGCGGAAGAGCCACUGGUUGUUGAGCCUGAUGUCCAGCCCGUCGAGAUCCCCGCUACUGGCGACGUCCUCGUACCGGAACCACCGGUCGAGGGCGAGCUUGACACGGCAGCUCCCGACGCGGAGGAUGAGCCCAAGCCAGCAGAAGAGAGCCCAGCACCGGUCGCCUUCCCGAUAUCCGGCUCUGCCAUCGAUCUCUCUGAAGAUGGUCACUCUGGACACGUGCUUGCUGCUUCUCCCGACAACAGCGUUGCGUUCCCCACGGAUGGUGACGGCGCCGCGCCUGCGGCCGUCGCCUUCCCGGGCUCGGAGAAUCAGUCGACGCCAAACACGCCCGCCCUCAGUGGUGGGUCGUCCACUCCGGGAGUCACAUUCCAGAACAUACCCACACCGGAACGCUCUGGCACGCCGGAUGAGGGGAGCACCAACGAGGGCAAGCGGCGGCGGACGCUGUCAACGCAAGGCGUGCAGCGCCUCGCCCGGCGAAUCUCGAUUUCGGGGAAACGGCAGGGAUCAGGCAGUUCACUCCCGGCUGCUAUUCUGAACAGCUUCAAGCGCGAGAGCAGCAGCCUUGCACGCGAGUCGUCCAAGGAUGGUAAGGAUGCCGCGAAGGACAAGGCCAAGGACGGAUCGAAGGACAACCUGAUCGUCCGUGAGGACAGCUCGCUCGCGCUCGCAACGGAGGGCAGCAGCAGAGACAGUCCUAACCCGAGCGUGAGCAGCGACAUCACGCAGGACAAGAAGAAGGACAAGAAGAAGUCCAAGGAGAAGAAGAGGAAGAGCAUGGGUCCGAUGUGAAGGGCCGGAUUGACAGAUGGCCUUGCUCUGGACUCGGUUCGCUCAGGGUUUUCGGGAUUCCAUUUUCCAUCAUCUCAUCAACAUACCCAUGCAAGAUUCUAGCCCUCGAUUUUUCCCGCCGCACACGGUUUGACCACCGUUUGAUGACAUGCCCAUGACUCCCAUCUCCACAUCCGUCUCCAUCUCCUAUCUCCUGCUCCAUAUUGUAGUAAUACCAGCUCUGCACCUUGUACAUGGAUAGCUCUUGUGUUUGCUUGCAUCCUCAUCACUGUCUGGAAUAUAAUGCUGUUGACCAUGC